CACUCUGUGCUUCAGGAACCGGCAGGACGCAGCUGGCCCAGGUCCCGAGUGCCCUGCAACUCUGCCCUGGCGGCCUCACGGCGCAGGCGCCGCGCCCACAGGGCCGGACUGCAGCUCCCGAUCUGGUUAAGACUUGGGUUUUGAAGUGCUCGAGCAACUUGCUACUGCCCAAGUCAUGACACUCCCAUUUCGGAAGGACUUGGACAAGUACAAAGAUCUUGAUGAGGAUGAAAUUCUUGGCAAACUUUCGGAGGAGGAACUGAAACAACUGGAAACUGUUCUGGAUGAUCUUGACCCUGAGAAUGCACUGCUGCCUGCAGGCUUCCGACAGAAAGACCAGACUGCUAAAAAGGCUUCAGGUCCCUUCGACAGAGAACGACUCCUUGCGUAUUUAGAGAAGCAGGCUCUUGAGCACAAAGACAGGGAAGACUAUGUGCCUUUUACAAGAGAAAAGAAAGGAAAAAUAUUUAUCCCCAAACAAAAGCCUGUACAGUCUUUUACAGAAGAAAAGUUCACUCUUGAUCCAGAACUGGAGGAAGCCUUGACUAGUGCCACGGACACAGAAUUAGGUGACCUUGCAGCUAUACUGGGAAUGUCCAACUUGAUAACAAACAAUCAGUUCUGUGAUGUAGUAGGAAGCAGUAAUGGGGUUGACAAAGACAGCUUCUCAAAUAUAGUAAAAGGUGAAAAGAUGUUGCCUGUUUUUGAUGAGCCACCAAAUCCCACAAAUGUGGAAGAGGCACUGCAACGGAUUAAAGAUAAUGAUUCUCGUCUUGUUGAAGUUAAUCUAAAUAACAUUAAGAACAUACCAAUUCCAACGCUGAAAGAAUUUGCAAAAGCCUUAGAAACCAACACGCAUGUGAAGAAUUUUAGCCUCGCAGCCACCCGAAGCAAUGAUCCUGUUGCUGUUGCUCUUGCAGAUAUGCUGAGAGUAAACACAAAAUUAAGAAGUUUAAACAUAGAAUCAAACUUCAUCACUGGAGUUGGAAUUUUGGCAUUGGUCGAUGCACUGAAAGACAAUGAAACUUUGACAGAGAUUAAAAUUGACAAUCAGAGGCAGCAGCUGGGCACAGUUGCAGAAGUAGAAAUUGCCAAGAUGCUUGAAGAAAACACACAGAUCCUCAAAUUUGGCUACCAUUUCACACAGCAGGGACCUCGAGCCAGGGCAGCUGCAGCUAUCACAAAGAACAAUGAUUUGGUCUGGAGCAUGCAAGUAAAAGUUUCUGCAAAUACCUUUUCAUCUCUCCAGCCCUGAUGCUACAGAGACAGUUCGCAAGAGGAGAAUUGAAGGAGACAACUAAGAGAUCUUAUCAGAACUGUGUGGAGAUUUCAAGAGUUGUCAGGGAGGCUUUGGCAAUCUUGGACUACAUUUACCUGGCUUAGAAGGGAAAAGACUGGAAACCCCAUUCCUUUUAGAGCAAAGAUAUAUUAAUAAUCUGCUGGUAUGCAUCACGUUUUUCCAAUUGAGACACAGUAACUGCGCCAGUCUCUGUACCAUAGUUUUCGAUUGGGUUUUUUUUAAAGAAGUUUUUUGUAUUUCAAGACUUCAGCUGUGCUUUCUACUAAAGAUGUAACUGCAAAUCAAUGGUAUAAUUGUCUGUAGUAAAAGAAUGGGACAUUCAAGAUCAUUGGGAAGAUAAUGACCCAACUGAAAUGUUUGUAAGACAAUCUGGGGGUGCUUAUUUACGUGGAGGGGUGUGUAUAUUCUUGAAAACAAUGAGUUAAUGGUAAGAGAUUGUUCACAAAACAAUUGGACUCAUUGUGUGGAGCUGUUCAGCCUUGUUUGUAUGCACUGAAGAGAAAUCUUUUACACCUAUCUUGUUUGUAGUUCUGCUUCUUUUUUUUUUUUUGAUCCUGUGAUUAAGUUUUAAAAGUAUUACUUUAAGCCAAAAAAAUUAAAUUGGCUAAGGACUUCUCCCAUAAGAUCGAGGGACUAGUAAAAAAAUGAAACCCUUAACAAAACGAAAAAUGUAGAAGCCUUGCAAAAUGGCUAUUUGUUUGGUUUUUUAUUACAGCAGAACCUUUAGGUCUUUUUCAAAAUGUCCUAUAACUCUAUCUUGUUCUGUAUCUAAAGUGGAUAUGGGUUUAGACAAAUGUCAUGUGUACAUCAACAUAAUUUAGUGUUAAUUAUUUGUUUACAAAUCCUAACCUACAUUCAUAAGUAUCAAUUUCCCUAGAAGUAGUGGACAUGUUUUUUUAAAUACUGUAUAAUUGUGUAAAGGAAAGGGACCCUUAACUCUAAAACCACUGUCCUAACUUACUGGCCAAUGCAAAAUCCUUCUUUUUUUUCAAGCUGUUGGCAUUAAGCCAAAUACUUCACAUAAACCUAGCUUUUUUUUUAUAAAGCAGUGAAGUAACACUUUUAAGGAAGGAUUUUUCUGUUCUACUUAUGUCCUGAUGUUGAAACACUACAUAAGACAAGCAGAAAUGAACCAGUAUGCAAUGUAAAAUCUGUAUGGCAUAGUAAUUAUUAAAAUAUUUAAAGUUUUAUAUCUAAGCAAACUAAUAAGGCAACAAGAAUCACUUCAACUUCUGUACUUCUUUGAAAUAAUAUGAAAAUCUGGAGGUUUUUUUUUGGUGUAGGUCUGUUUUCACUGUACUGCACUAGUUAGCUCAACAUUGUCAUCAGAUCACAAAAGCAACCUAAUGGACUGCUUGGCUGUUUUUAUAGCAACAGAGGAUUCAACUGACAGUUGUUUUCAUCGAAAGAUGAUACUAUGGUGAGUGUAUCUUUCCCAUAGGAAACUGAGAUUUUUGCAUCAGGUUGUACAUACUAUAAAAAUUUAACAGAGCAGCUCUCUGACAUUAUGCCCAUAUUAUAAUUUGCUGCAAACCUUGGGUUUGAUUUUUAAAGCCAGACUUUAUUCCAGAGGUGACUGAAUUUUAUUGCAACUGUACAGAGAAUUUUAGACUGUAGUGCCUUCAGUGAAGAUGUAUAUAACUGGUUUAUACUUUUCAAAGAACUUUUUCAUAUUUCAAAAUUGGCCUUUUAUUAUAAUUGCAAAUAAAUGUGUGCUCUGAAAAGUUAAGUUGGAUGUGACUCUGUUAAAACCAAAGGCUAUAUAUACUAUAACUUUGAAGCAACUAUAAAUGAUCUAAUGAAAGAAAGGACUCUGCUGCUUUUGGGGUUGGCUUUUGUAAAAUUUCAAGAAGUCUUUAGAUUUCUGAACUUUUAAGUUCUUAUAUAAAACACAUAAACUCACAAAUUGUGUCUUCUUAAACCCAGUGCUAUAUAAAUGUGGCCAAAGCAUGUCAUGUGCUGAAUUGCCUAAAGCUGUACUUUGUAUUUGCUAGGCACCAUAAUCAUUUGGUGUCAGAAAUACCAGACUGUAGUGUGUCUUCCUUCAUUUGUUGAAGGGCUGUAUGUUCAUGGAAUCUGCUCAUGUAUUGUGAUUCUAUGAUGAUUUAUUUUAUCAUUAUCUAACUAUAUUAGGCAGUUAUCUUUUACUUGAAGGAGAAAAAGGAAAGUCUGGGUUAUGGAAAUGAUAACCCGAAUCCUUUCAUUAAAUCAAGUUUAGCUGCUUAAUGACUUAUUCAGAUCACAGGCAGAGGCUUUUAAGCUGCUGCUGUCAGGUGUCCUGUCACAGAUGAUAGUGGUGGUUUAGCUCUGUAGGUAGCAGCUAAGUAUUUGUCUGCUUGUUGUCACUUUCAGGACAAAUACCUGACAGGCUGGGCAAAGAAAAUGCUAUUUUUUUUCCCAAUCAGAAGAGUUUAGCCCUCCUGAUUUUUGCAGACCGUUUGGCAUGGUGCACGGAACAGUUACAACUGUCUUUUUUUGUGCCUCCAGUGUGUAUCCUUUCUGGAGUAAAUGAAGGAAUUCAGUCUGUAGCUAGGAAUCAUAAACACAAGGAAAGUGAACACCAAUGUAAUGCUAUCAAGUGUGAUGAGAUCUUGUGCAUGACUUAUUUUUGAGAGCAAGACUGGUAUUACUUUGAUAACCAACCACCAUGAACACAUUUUCCAAAAGAGAUGAUUUUCUUUCUUGAUUAUUUUUCCAAUCUUAAUGCAGAAGUCAAAUGACCACAUAAGUUGAUUCUUUUGGUUCCAAGCUAAGCAUGAGAACAUAACCUAUACUCCAAUUCCAUUAUCUAUUUACUGUUGUAUUUUAAAGAAAUAGCUUCAUUCUCUACAGCUUGAGUAAUAUUGUUUGUAAGCUGCAAACAAACAAGUGUUCAGUUUAAAUUUCCACUGAGGAAACAUGAAUUGAGUGUUUUUGCUUAUCAGCACUAUAUGCUGUCAGAAUGUAAACCAGUGUAAGUUUUGGAUGAUUAAAGUACUGUAUUCUUGUAA